GUCUUGUCCCCCGCCAACGCCAUGGCUUCCAUCUUCCGCGCGCUCCCCCAGCUGCGCGCCGCCGCGCCCCGUCUCUCACGCCGCCUCUUUCCGUGCCGCACAUGCCGCAAUGCGCCUAUUGCUACUGCUGCGUUCCCCGCAUCCGCACGCUCAUCCCGGCCGUCAUCCGCCGUGAACCCAGCACGAUGGAAAUCAACUCAGCCUCUCCGCAGUAGCGCCACCAUCGAGGCGUCGCGAGCAGCCACGGGCGGAGCGGCCGGCGCUGCAACUGCCACAGCAGCCACAUCGAGCAGCUUCCCCAAGACGUCGUCCAAGAGCGUUGCAUACUGGCUGCUGGGCAGUGCCGCCAGCGUCUUUGGCAUCGUCGUGUUUGGCGGGCUGACGCGCCUCACCGAGUCAGGACUGAGUAUCACCGAAUGGCGCCCCGUCACCGGCUCGCUGUGGCCCAUGAGCGAGGGCGAGUGGGCGAGCGAGUUCAACAAGUACAAGGCGUCGCCCGAGUUCGCCCAGCUCAACUCCAACAUGGACCUUGCAGACUUUAAGCAAAUCUACUUUAUGGAAUGGGCCCAUCGCCUCUGGGGUCGCGUCAUUGGCGUCAACAUGCUCGUCCCGACUGCCUACUUCAUCGCCCGCCGCAAAGUGUCUCCCUCAAUGGCAUGGAAGCUGGUUGGCAUCUGUGGUAUGAUUGGUUUCCAGGGUGCCAUCGGCUGGUGGAUGGUCAAGAGUGGGCUCAAGGACGAUCUCUUCGAGCCGGGCAGCCAUCCUCGCGUCUCCCAAUACCGCUUGACUGCACACCUGGGGACCGCCUUUGCCGUCUACUGCUCAAUGCUGCUCACUGGCCUGUCCAUUCUCAAGGAACACCGCAUGCUCGCAGACCCUGCAAAGGCUGCCGAAACUAUCAAAGCGCUGCAGCACCCCGCUCUUCGCGUCUUUAGGGGUUCUGUCGUGGGCCUUACUCUGCUUGUCUUCAUCACAGCCAUGUCCGGCGCCCUGGUUGCGGGGCUCGAUGCGGGCCUGAUCUACAACGAGUUUCCUUGGAUGGGAAUGGGUCUCGCCCCACCUGGGAAGGAGCUUUUUGAUCCCUUCUACAGCCACGUGCCAGACCAAUCCGACCUGUGGUGGCGCAACAUGCUCGAGAACCCUUCUCUCGUUCAGCUUGACCACCGCAUCCUUGCCACCACCACCUUUACUGCCAUCAUGAGCCUUUUGGCCUACACCCGCUUUUCCAAGCGUGUGCGAACCACAUUACCCAAAGAAGCCCACAAGGGCGUUCAGGGCAUGGUCCAUUUGGUUGCUCUGCAGGUCACGCUGGGUAUUAGUACUCUCAUCUACAUGGUCCCCACAUGGCUGGCUUCUGCCCAUCAGGCUGGAGCGCUGGCCCUAUUGACCGGCUCCGUCGUUCUUUUCAGCAGAAUAACCCUGCCGCGACGUGCCAUUCUCCGCCAGCUCGUGAAGCCUCAGGCUCCUAGGACGUCGACCGUGCCACACAUCUCUUCCCGCCUUGAAACUGCCAAGGUUGCGGAUAAGGCAUCAUAAGCCCCUGUUCAUCUCCACCGUAUAACUCCCUUGUAUAAUAGCCAUGUACACGAAACAUAGAUCACGUUGUACGAUAUGUAGGUUGCAGCAGAGCGUCGCAUUCUCACUCUUCU